AUGACGGUAGCCAAAGAACCAGAGACGCCGGAGGAAAACAGAGACUUGAUCCAGUUCAGGGAGAUGAUUAAAUGCACGUUGCCAAACAGCUCACCGCUCGAAGACUUUGGAAAUUACGGCUGUUAUUGUGGGUUAGGUGGCGAGGGAACGCCAGUGGAUGAACUAGACAGAUGCUGUUUUGUCCACGAUGGUUGCUAUGGUGAUGCUCUGAAUCUGGACGCGUGCCGACCGGUCAUAGACAACCCUUACACAAACAGAUACGACUUCCAGUGUAAUGAAACCAGUAGGACAGUCACAUGCCUGUCCAGCAAUAACGAGUGUGACAUGUUCAUCUGCGAGUGUGACAGGAAAGCGGCCGAAUGUUUUGCCAGCACACCUUACAACACGUCCAAUAACAACGUCCCAGACAGCGUGUGUGGCUCCGCCUCCGCUUCCAUCCCAGACUUCAUCUACACCCUCACAGCUCUCACCUUCACACAUGCACUUAUAGAGUUCAUCAGGAGCCCCAUGAAGUAA